CGGAGUGUCAGCUUCAGUCGGCGGAGGUGCGGCUCACUGCGGCGGAGGGGCUCCCGGGCUCUUCUGUGUGGCAACUCAGAAUGAUGGAUCAAGCCAGAUCAGCAUUCUCCAACUUGUUUGGUGGAGAUCCGUUGUCAUAUAGCCGGUUUAGUCUCACACGGCAAGUAGAUGGCGAUAACAGUCGUGUGGAGAUGAAACUAGCUGCAGAUGAAGAAGAUACUGACAAUAACAUGAGGGGUAAUCGUGCUCACACUGCAAAACGGAAAAGGCUUAAUGGACUUCUCUGCUGUGGGACUAUUGCUGUAAUCAUCUUUUUCUUGAUUGGAUUUUUGAUUGGCUAUUUGGGCUAUUGUAAACGUGUAGAGUCAAAAACUGAAUGUGAGAAAGCAGAGCCUCCAGAGAUAGAGACUGAAGGGGAAGUUGAAGAGAGCCGGCCUGAAGUAUCUCCCCAGUUGUUUUGGUCAGACCUCAAAGCAAUGUUGUCAAAGAAACUGGAUACCAUAGAGUUCACCAACACAAUCAGGCAGCUGAAUGAAAAUUCUUAUGUUCCUCGUGAGGCUGGAUCUCAAAAAGAUACAAACCUUGCUUUUUAUAUUGAAGAUAAAUUCCGUAAACUUCAAUUCAGCAAAGCCUGGCAUAAUGAACAUUUUGUUAAGAUUCAGGUCAAAAGCAGUAAUCCAAACUCAGUGACACUAAUGAAUGGGAAACAAGACUCAGGAUUCCUUGUGGAGAACCCUCAGGGUUACGUGGCAUACAGUAAGGCUGGGACAGUUACUGGUAAACUGGUCCAUGCUAAUUUUGGCACUAAACAAGACUUUGAGGCUUUAAGCACUUCUGUGAAUGGAUCUUUAGUGCUUGUUAGAGCAGGGAAAAUCACCUUUGCUGAAAAGGUUGCAAAUGCUGAAAGUUUAAAUGCAAUUGGUGUUUUGAUCUACAUGGACUAUACUACAUUUCCUGUUUCUAAUGCAAAUCUUCCACUCUUUGGACAUGCUCAUUUGGGAACAGGUGACCCUUAUACACCAGGAUUCCCUUCUUUCAAUCAUACUCAGUUUCCACCAUCUCAGUCAUCAGGAUUGCCUAAUAUACCUGUCCAAACCAUUACCAGAACUGCUGUAGAGAAACUGUUUGAUUCUAGAAAUAUGGAAGGAGACUGUCCUUCAAAUUGGAAAGCGGGUGCUAUAUGUAAGCUGGAAACCCCAGAGAAUAGGAGGGUGAAACUCACUGUGAACAAUGUACAGAAAGAGAUAAGAAUUUUUAAUACCUUUGGUGUUAUUAAAGGUUUUGAAGAACCAGGUCGCUAUAUUGUAGUAGGGGCCCAGAGGGAUGCCUGGGGUCCUGGAGCUGCAAAAUCCAGUGUGGGAACAGCCCUUCUAUUGGAACUUGCCCAGACAUUCUCCGAUUUGGUCUUUCAAGGCGGGUUUAAACCCAGAAGAAGUAUUGUCUUUGCUAGCUGGAGUGCUGGUGACUUCGGAGCUGUGGGUGCCACUGAAUGGCUGGAGGGAUACCUUUCCAGCUUGCAUAUAAAGGCUUUCACUUACAUUAAUCUGGAUAAAGCUGUUCUUGGUACCAAGAACUUCAAGGUUUCUGCCAGCCCAUUGUUGUAUUCACUCAUUGAGAGAACAAUGCAAGAAGUGAAACAUCCAGUUACUGGGUUGUCUCUAUAUCGGGAUAGCAACUGGAUGAACAAAGUGGAAAAAUUUUCUCUUGAAGAUGCUGCUUACCCUUUCCUUGCAUAUUCUGGAAUCCCAGCAGUUUCUUUCUGUUUUUGUGAGGACUUAGAUUAUCCUUACUUAGGUACUACCCAGGAUACCUAUGAGCUUCUGAAUCAGAACAUCCCUCAGUUGAACAAAAUGGCCCGUGCAGCAGCAGAAGUUGCUGGUCAACUCAUAAUUAAACUUACCCACAAUGCUGAAUUGAACCUGAACUAUGAAAUGUAUAACGAGAAAAUGCUUUCAUUUGUGAGGGAUAUGAACCAAUUCAAAAGAGACAUAAAGGAGAUGGGUCUGAGUCUACAGUGGUUAUAUUCUGCUCGUGGAGACUUUUAUCGUGCUACUUCCAAACUAACAACUGAUUAUAAGAAUUCGGAUACAACAGACAGACUUAUCAUGAGGGAAAUCAAUGACCGUAUCAUGAGAGUGGAAUAUAACUUCCUCUCACCCUAUGUAUCACCAAAAGAUGCUCCUUUCCGACACAUCUUCUGGGGCUCUGGCUCUCACACUCUCCAAGCUUUAGUGGAGCACAUAAAACUGCGUCGACAGGAUAUCAAUGCUUUUAACGAAACACUGUUUAAAAACCAGUUGGCUUUAGCAACUUGGACUAUUCAGGAAGCUGCAAAUGCCAUCUCCGGUGACAUUUGGGACAUUGACAAUGAGUUUUAAAUGUGAUACCCUUAACUUAGGGUACUUGUGAAUUGUGCUGGUUGUGCUAAAUUUUCAGUAGGGCUACAAAACCUAAUAUUGUUAAACUUCUACCCAUUCAUCUUGGUACUACUAGAUGUCUUUAGGCAGCAGCUUUUAAUACAGGGUAGGUACCUGUUCAAAUGAAUAACCACUGAAAAAUGUUCAUGAUAGAAUGUUUUUCUCUAAAAUGUUAAGUGCUUUGUAAUGGUAAUUGCCUCUUUUCUGUUACAGUUAUAAAAAAGUCAUACCAGUUACAUGAACUAUUGCUCUAAAUCCUAAAGACAUUAACACUGAUGGCUCUUGAAGGGAGGAGGAAGGUGAUAAACAUGGUCUCUUAGUAUAAUCCUCCAUCUGCAUUUGAUGCUAAAUAGCAGAUAUCAGGUUGUAAGAACUUAUCCUCCAAGUGAGAUCUAUGCCUUCUUUAAGGAUUUAGCUGGUUUCCUCAUCCCUGGGUGAAAGUUAACUUUCAGAAGAGAUAGGACUUCUCUCCUAUACAGCUAAAGGACCCAAAUGAGGUCCUUUAGCUGCAUAAAAUAAAGUUUGACUGUUUAUCGCAGGAGCAAGGCCUUAAUGUGUUAACCUCAAGACUAUUUAUAAAGAGAGGAGACCAGAAGCCAAAGACCUAGUAUAUUUUCUUUCCUUCUGUCCCUUACCGCAUAAGCCUUGUUUAGUUUUUUUGUUUGUUUUUUUUCCAAGAUAUUUUGAAAUAGAACCAGUUUUAGCUGUUUAAUUUCAAGCUCAGUUUGUCAGACUUUAAAGAACACACUGCCAAAUUUUGGUCAAAGUGUUACUUUUUUUUGGAAAAGCUUCCUAUCAUUUUGGCUCAAGAUAUUUAUUGUUUAUUUAUCAGUGACAGAGUUCACUAUAAAUGGUGGUUUUUAUAGAAGAUAAUUAUCGGAAGCAGUGCCUUCCAUAAUUAUGACAGUUAUACUGUCGUUUUUGUUUUGUUUUUUUAAAUAAAAGCAGCAUCUGCUAAUAAAACCCAACAGAUACUGGAAGUUUUGCAUUUAUAAUGGUCAAUACUUGUUUUAGAAAAUGGGGUUUUAGAAAACAGCCUCAAAUAAAAAUGUAAAGCUAAAUAUUAGAGACUUAAAUUUAAUUAGAGAUUGCUAAUCAAGUUAGACUUUUAUUUAGCCAAGUAGCUAAAAAUGGUUGUUUCCCUAAAAUACUGAGUUGUGACCAAGUUAUAAAUUAAUUUCACUUAAAGGCUGUGAUAGCACUUACAAGGAAAAUUUUACAGAUCAGUUUAUUCAAAAUAUAAUUUUA